GUAAUAGCACGUGUAAUGCUGGUUUUGUUCAUGUUAGGGCAAACGCUGCGAUGGAGAUCAGCGCCGUAGCAACAGCGUUACUUUCUGUGGUUUUCAUUUACUUACCGAUCGGAGUUUUCUCUAGUAUCUGCUAUCGUUUGAACCCUUUGUUGUUCGAAAGAUGUAUAAAUCUUGGCUACAACUACACUGCCAGUUUCCCUAAUGAUAUCAACGUUAGGGAGAAGACUUUGGCUUAUCAAUUGGAGCAAGAUACAAGACAGUUCAAACAAUGCUCUCGACAUUUAGAUAUUAUGUUGUGCGCUAUAUAUGUCCCUAAAUGCGUUGAAGACGUUAACUUUCCCGUUUUGCCGUGUAGAGAAGUUUGUGAAGAGUUUGUAAGAGACUGCGAAGCGGAAGUCGACUAUGAAAAGAUCGAAUGGAUUAAAGGCCUAUGCCGACUCUUGCCUUCGAUCCGAAAAGACAGGAAGUGCCUUAGACCGGCAAAUUAUAAACCUCCCGAAAACAUAACGGGUAAGUAAGAUUGAUUUUUUUAUAGUAAAAACACUGUCACGUUUCAGUGACUCGAGUUAUAUUGUGUUAAUAAAAUUCGUGUUGCUGACUAACGCUGACUGAAGACGACGGCUAAUAACGAUCGAUAUCAAGCACCUGACUGUACGGUGAAAUACUGGCCAAAGCAAAUUUGAAUUCGAGAGCACGUACGUGGAAUAAUGAAGAGAUUAUAUCCAAGAUCAACAUCUUCGUUGCAAUUAUUUUUUUUAAUUUUAGUUUGUCCGAAUAAAUAUAUCGCCGUGUUAUAAACUCCUGAAUUAACCCCACGUCGCUCCAGUUACAAGCCGCAUGCAAAUUUUUCAGAGGAAUCGUUUCCUUUUCAUUCUAUAAUUAGCAAGGAACAAUUCGCCGUACAAGUGGGACCUUUUUAAAACAAUAAUGGCACUUUCAUGACUAAUGCGUCUGCAUUCAUAUUGCUCAAAUUAAGGCUGUUUUCUAGUAAGAAGUUUGUAUUUGGCUUUUAGCAGGUGUUUAUAGUGUUCGGACAAUUGUCGAAAGAUUUGUACGCUAGUAGAAUAAUAAUAUAAAAAUUAACUUAACUAAAACGAUUUGACAACAAAAUCCUACAUGUCACUUUUUUUUUAACUAUAUAAGGGCGAUUUUAAGAUUGGAAAUUGACCCAUGAUAAUUUACUCAGUUCAGUUACAAGAUGGGUGUUAAAUUUUAUGCCGUUAGCUACCAAAAGGAGAUCAAAAAAUAGUUGUUAAAAAUCUUUUCAAACCAAAGUGAAAGCAAAUUAGAAAAAACACUUAACUUUUUUGCUUCUACAAAUUUGCAAAAUGGUAUGAAAACAGAACAGAAAAAAAAAAUGUUAACUGAAACUCUUAGCGGAAAAAUAUAUUUCGCCCGGCUAACACCUGUUGGGGGGGUGGGCGCUAGUUACACUAAAUAAACAGCUGUUUCGCCAACCAGUCGUCGAGGGCAAACGGUUUACUAAAUAAACCAUAAAACUAACUAAACUAAAACUGAAAAUACUGUAAGUUAAAGAAACUCUGAUAUAUCAGGUUAUUUUAAAAAAAAAUAAAAGGAAAGAAAAAUUAACUUUAAAAGAAAAAUUUGUGCAAGAAAUGACAAGAUAAAACGUGUGUAUGUCUUGCUCUUGAUGUACAAUAGACCUUGUAAGGGUUUUGGAAGCCAUCUUGACGAGUAGGCAAUCGCGUGAGAAAUUGCAGUGUUUGUAUGAGAAUCUAAUGUUAAAUAAUUUCCUCAAAACGGCUGUCGGUUCAAAAAAAACAUGAAUUGUAAACUUAAGCUUCACACUCCUAAGGACUCUACUAAAAAAGUUUGAGGGCGUUACAUGCAGCUACAUGUACAAGAACAACUUUCUAAAAUUUUCCAUACAUUUGUCUGCAAAAAUGUUUCUUCCUGCCCACUACAAUUUCCGGAAAAAUUGCAGACAAAUAUGUGGAAAAUCUAAAACAAGCGUCUGGAGAAAUUUCAGCACAGGUUCGGCCCCAAAUCCUUUGCUGUGUAGCUUUAGUUUACAAUUCAUAUCAUUGUUAUUUUUUAUUAUUAUUUUUUUUUUUCAGAACAUGCGUUUUACGGAAAUUAUUUGAAAAAUUAGAUUCUCAUACAAACACUCACGCGCUUGCCUACCCGUCAAGAUAGCUUCCAAAGACCGUGACAAGGUCUAAAGGCAGCUGCUUUAGGUCAAAGCUCUCAAGUUUACUCAACAGCCUAAAGAAAUCGCAAGGGGACGUAUAUCUUUACAAACACUAAAAUUUAAUGAAUCCGACCAAGCUCUGUUCCUACAAUAAUGAAAAAUACCGGAAUUGUUUUAGUAUUUUGAAAUGAUUAUGAGAAUUUUAUUUUUCUAAUUCCCCUAUCGCCUCGAAAAACAGGUAAAUUCACGUAGAUUUCCCGAACACGCCACCCGUUGGUCAUAAUGCGAAACACGUGAUACGCUGCAUUCAAAAGUCCUGAUUAAGGCCCCGUCUAAACAUAUCUAGAUAUUUUUUUGGCCUAGUCCCUGUACGGCAUUUACCCAGUACCUCUAGGUCAAUUCACUUCGGUGGCGUAUCCGAGGCGAACGGGCGGGACCACGUGAAUCGAAACGCUUUGGCCGCGCGGAAUAAUGAGGCCUAGGGACUAGGCAAGAUAUCUUUUAACCCGCAAAUUUUUCUUUGCGGAUUCAAAAAUUUGCACGUCCACACGUAUCUUAACUGCACACACGUUAUAAGACUUCAAACUGAAGUCCAAGAAGUAAAGAAGCGAUAACCUCAAGAACAUUGCGCUUGGCACUGUCUGGUGUAUUCACGGUUGACGGAUUUAGCCUAACUUGUCCGCGUCAAAAAUGGCAAAAACCGUGAAAAGGUUUAUUGGUUGGCACUUGACCUCCGCAAAACAAAACGAAAUACUCCUACCAUUUGCGGUAGUCCUGCGGUACGGCAAAAACCUCAGCCUCAACUUGCUUGGUUAGAUCACUUUAAGUUACAUGUAGGCUAGCUACGUUCACACGGCAACGAACGAAUUUUCGACCGGUUGACACGAAAUUGUUCACCGCAGCAUGUUCAGACGAAAGCACCUGAACGGAACAAAAGUUUAGACGCCUAGUCGUUCAAAGUUCAUUGAAAACAGAGCAAAAAUAUUGAACGGUCCCAAGUGACCUAGGUUUCCGUCAAAUUUUUUAGCUGGUUAAAAAUUCGUCCGGAAACAUAUGAAGAUUCAUACGUUAGGAGGUCCGCUUGCGGAACCACUUAAAGCCCAUGAUAAUUUCGGCGCCUAGCCGCUCAAGAUAUGCACCCCAAAAUCGAAGUCAAAUGUUUAACCGGUACGGUCGAAAAUUUGACCAGUGUAAGAAGCACUGAUAGCCGCCUAAGGCGUGUCUGCAUGGAUGGGUGGUAACUCAGCUAGCAGCUGAGAGAGGCAUCUGCGUGGGAGGCUAGCUAGAACUGAGACGCCAUUGUGGAAUUGCUAAAGUGGCACUUUGCGCAUGGGCAGACGGUAAAACUAUUGGAGAAAAUUCAACCUGGUUUGUCAUUUUUGUUUGAACAAAGCGAAAAUAGUGAACGGUUCCAUGUGAACAAAGUAUCAGGUGUCGAAGUAGAGAGCUUAAGCAGCAACGUUUUUGAGCGACGCACGUCAACCGGAAGUGGCCUUUUUUCAUUUUUUGAGGUGGUUUCGCGCAAAUUUUCAGUCAAAUCGCCUCUAUAACAGUAAAGAAGCUAAGUAAUACAAAUUUUAUAUCAUCAAGGCAUGUUAAGAGGGAAAAUACCACACUUCCGGUUGACGUGCGUCACUCAAAAACGUCGCUGCUUAAGCUCCCUAGUAUCUUAUUGAGGGAUUCCAUUUCAACGAAGUGUGCAGUCAAAUUUUCCAUCCUGUCGAAUUGAUUCGUCCAGGGAUAUGUGAACGGAGCCAAAAAUCCAUGAAAAAUCGGGGUGAAAAUAAUAAAGGAAAAAAGAAAAAAACGUCAAAGUGUUCGGGGGCUCAAAAGCGGUCACUUUGAGCUGGGUGAAUGAUUUGAUUCCAAGGGCCAUUACGCUGUGCACGAUGCAUAAAUGCAAGGUACUCGGGUGGUGAGCGCUUUAUAUAAUUGAUUUAUAAUUUAAAGAGAAGGAUUGUAAAAAGAAGACGUUUCUCGUCUCGAGUUCAUAAAGACCAAACAAUCUAAAAGGUAGAAAACAACGAAAUUUAACAGUGCAUGCACAUUGGUACCGAUACUAUGAGUAUGACGAGAUGUUUCAAAACCAAAGCUGUACGCAUGUGCAUGUUGAAAGAAAUAUCUCGAAAAUUCACCUCGGGCAAACAGCCUGAAUUCUGGACUUGUUUGUUUAGUCUGGCGAGGUCCUAGGUAAGAGCAUCGCAUCUCGUAAAAAACCUUUAAUUCCUAUGAAAAUUAUUUUGUUUGAAGGUUAACUUGUAUUGUUUACUCUUUUUUCUCCCGAAGCUGCCAUUCUUCAGAACUGUGCCAAACUGCGUAUGUCAUCAUGUUCUCAUCUCGGCUACAAACACACCACUCAAUCAAGUGACCUACAAGUUAUUCUGAACAAUGUGCUCAAAGGAAAAAACUUUGGAAAUCACUCCACGUGUUCGUCGACUAUUAAAAAUAUUCUCUGCGCGGAGUUCGCUCCGCCAUGCUUCCCCGAACACAAAGACAAAAUAGUACUGCACACGGUAUGCAAGUCGGAUUGUGAAAACGUGCGAAAAAAAUGCCCCGAGUUAUAUAGAAAGCAUUUUAGUGAACACAGCUUCUGUGAGCUAAUGGCAACAGAAAAGAGUGAUUUGGACGGAUUUUGUAAGCUUACAAAAUGGCCGACUGCGGUACGGUGGCCGACACACCCAAACCUCACGGGUAAGUACAACUAAUGACUGUGAAUGACAAGGUUAGGGUUAGUUUGCUAGGAGUGCUACACAACCGUUUUGAGUGUCGUCACGCAAGGCUCCUCCCAGAAGCGUUGCGUGACGACGACACUAAAACGGCUGUGUAGCAGACCAUGCCAUGUUGGGAUUACCUUUUUUAGCAGCCUACGUGGCAAACACAAAAAAAGGAUGGGGGAAGGGGGAGAGAGGUGCGAACUCCCUUACCCCCUCCCCCUAUCCCUUUGGACGCCUGCAACACAGGCUGCCAUUUUACUGUCAAAGAGUUCCGAAUGCGAGACGUUAAUCACGCCGAAAUUCAUUCAGUAAAUAUUAAAAAAAAAAAAAACAGUACCACGUGCACUCUUAAACAGUUACAAAGUUACAAUAAAUAAGGAAGUUUUAUUUUUCCACGAUGAUAUUCCAUAUCUUUUUUAACAAAAAAGAUUUAGACUGUAUGCCUUCACGAUAUUCAGUGCAUGCGCGUGUUUCCUGACUACCUGAAUCAAAAUUCAAAUGACAUUUCAACCCCCUUUGACAGAACGUGUUACUUUUUUGGAAUUCCGAUGGAAAUUGAACGUGUGACUCUCCAAGACUCGAAAAAAGCUCGCAGUUUAUCAGGUAUUUUUGGGGAGCGACGCGUCCUGCAUCAGGAAUGUUGUCCAUCGCAUCAUGUAAUUUCAGCCUGAAACCUUAUUAUGCAUCGCAUCCCUGAUUUAUAUAAUUUUAUUCUUAAUUCUUCAGAAGCGCCAACUCUCCACUCUUCAAAACCCACAACCUCUUCGUCUUCCUCCAGACCUUCUUCACCAGACUCACCUUCGUGCCACUCAUCCGGGAAUCUUCCCAAUUCGGUUCCUCCCAGUCCCAACGUCCCUUUACACGCCAAAGUGUCCACGCCAGUUUUAGUCACUUCCGUGUGUACGGUUAUUCUUGUGAUGACUGUCAUCGGUAUCGUAUUUUUACUCGUGCUGAGAAAGCGGCGUCGAUGUUAUCAGGGCUGGUCAGUGAGAGGAUAUCGUGAACAGUUAAAUGAGUUGGAGACCAUGGUCUCCUUAAGAACGUAAAACUUUUAACAAUAUUUCAUCAUCUAGGAGUUUUAUUAAUGAAUUGUUUACCACCCACCUUCUGAUCACAUGCCUGGCAAGCUCUCAAGCGAUAAUCACAGUUUGCCAAAGAAUCAGACGCGGAUACAAGAAACAACUCUUAAAAAAAAAGUUGGUACCCUUAACCUUAUGUGGUGAUUAGUAAAAACUGCAAUGAGGUUUGAAUACUUGACCAUAAAGAGACUGAUGAAAACUGAUCAUUGAUUCAUAUUCAAGAGUGGAAUGAAUGAAUAAAGGAACGAAGGAACGGUGGAUGUAUAACUGGGGAGAGGGAUGAAUAGAUGAAUGAAAUAUAAAAGAUAGACAAGAGCUAUAUGGAAAAUAAAUAAAUGGUCGUCAAUAGCAAGAAGUAAUAAACCUUAUUCACGAUACCCACCAUCUUUGCACGCGCUCUAGGAUUGAUGGGGUAAAAGAAAUGUCACGCGGUAUUUCAGGGGGCAAACAAGUGAUAAAAUGUCUCAAUACGAGUAAUCGCAGUCGAAUUUGUUUAUCCUCUAAAAACGAUAAGGCAAUUUUACUUUUGCAAAAUACACACUGCUCAAGUUUCGACUAGUUUCACGUAAUUAUUUCUUGCUGUGAGGACAUCUACCGUACCUACUGCAACAAAAAAUAUAACAACAAUCACGUCCACCCAUAAUUUGCCAUUGUUGUCUUUAAGAUAAAACGUUCUUCGUUUUUUGUUGUCUAAAAUAAACAAAUGCAAGUGCGAUUUCUUGUAUUGGCAGAUUUUAUCGCUUGUUUGCGCCCUGAGAAACCACGUGACAUUACAUUUAUCCCACCAGUCCAUAUGCGCGUGCAAAGAUAGCUGGUAUCGUGAAUGGGGUCUAUAUAUUACCUCUGCAUGAGCAGG